GGUUUGGGUCCAAAUUGGUUUUGUUGUGGCUAAAUGAGGAAUGUGAUGCGUAGUAGAGCAAUGACGUUCACCUUCCUCCUCCUCCAAUCACCGCCACUCCCAAUUUCUCCUUCUCCUCCUCAAUUCUCUCUCUCCUCUUCUGCUGCUCUUUUAUCAUCAACCCAGCGCUUCUUCCCUCCAAGCCAGGGCUCUCGUCUACGCUCCGCUUCGUUUAGGACUUUGUGUACCAAAUCCAUCGUGCCAAAUAUGCAGGAUUUAGGAUCACCACUCUCUUAUCUUACUCAGCGAGAAGCUGCUGAGAUUGAUGAGACCUUGAUGGGUCCUCUUGGUUUCUCCGUUGAUCAGCUCAUGGAAUUGGCUGGUCUUAGCGUCGCUGCUUCAAUUGCUGAGGUUUAUAAACCGGAAGAAUAUAGUCGGGUUCUAGCAAUCUGUGGUCCUGGAAACAAUGGUGGUGAUGGUCUGGUGGCGGCAAGGCAUCUUCACCACUUUGGAUAUAAACCGUCUAUUUGUUAUCCCAAACGUACAGCCAAGUCACUUUAUGCUGGACUGGUCACUCAGUUGGAGUCACUCUCAGUCCCUUUCGUCUCCGUUGAUGAUCUGCCGGAAGACUUGUCAAAGGACUUUGAUGUUAUUGUAGAUGCUAUGUUUGGGUUUUCAUUUCAUGGUGCUCCAAGGCCUCCUUUCGAUGAUCUCAUCCGGAGAUUGAUGUCCUUGCAAAACUAUGAGCAGACGCUCCAAAAACACCCAGUCGUCGUCUCUGUAGAUAUUCCCUCUGGCUGGCACGUUGAAGAAGGAGACCAUGAAGGUGGAGGAAUUAAACCUGAUAUGUUGGUGUCUUUGACUGCCCCAAAAUUAUGUGCGAAGAGAUUUUGUGGCCCUCAUCACUUUUUAGGUGGGAGAUUUGUACCACCUUCUGUUGCAGAAAAGUAUAAGCUCGAGCUUCCUAGUUACCCUGGGACAUCGAUGUGUGUUAGAAUUGGUAAACCUCCGAAAGUUGACAUAUCUGCUAUGAGAGUGAACUAUGUGUCUCCAGAAUUGCUUGAGGAGAAGGUUGAAACUGAUCCUACGGUACAGUUUCGUAAAUGGUUUGAUGAGGCAGUUGCGGCUGGAUUGAGAGAAACAAAUGCUAUGGCUUUGUGCACAGCGAACAAAGACAAAAAACCCUCAUCAAGAAUGGUUUUACUAAAAGGAUUUGAUGAGAAUGGAUUUGUCUGGUUCACUAACUACGAAAGUAAAAAGGGUUCUGAACUAUCAGAAAAUCCUUGUGCCGCGCUUCUUUUCUACUGGGAAAGUUUGAAUCGGCAGGUAAGGAUUGAAGGACCAGUGGAGAGAAUACCCGAGUCAGAAUCCGAUAAUUACUUUCAUAGUCGUCCUAGAGGAAGUCAGAUCGGAGCUAUUGUUAGCAAACAGAGUUCUGUUGUACCUGGCAGGCAUGUUCUAUACGACGAGUAUCAAGAACUGACGAAAAAAUAUUCAGAUGGGUGAGUUCUAGAAUAAUUUGA